AACUUUUUUGUGGACAUAAAAGGGCCAAUGGUGGCAUUCUUGCCCGUGCUAGCAUUUGAAGGAGGGACUAGGAGAAACAUACCCAAAUUUGAGGUAGGUACUCUAAUUUAUGCCCGUGUAGUCAAGGCCAACACUGGAAUGAACCCUGAGUUAUCUUGCAUGGAUGCUUCUGGAAAAGCUGCCGAGUUUGGCCUCAUCAAGGAUGGCUAUAUGUUUGAGUCGUCAACUGGUUUAUCACGGAUGUUGCUGAGUUCACCAACAUGUCCAGUUCUUGAGGGUCUGGGAAAGAAGCUAGCUUUUGAGAUAGCUGUUGGUUUAAAUGGCCGUGUGUGGGUAAAUGCUGAGCACCAAUCCACAAUCAUUCUUGUUGCAAAUGCAAUAAUGAACUCUGAGUCCUUGACACCAGUGCAGCAAAAGAUCAUGGUGGAGAGGCUGCUUGAUAGAGUAAAUUGAACUCGAUUCAGCACUUUGACCAAAUGAAUUCAUGUAUAAUGUGAAGCCAAAAGUAAAAUUUAGCUUUUUCCUCGAGGACCAUCCAAUCCUUCACCCAUGUAACUGCACUGAGAGUACAACCAAAGGGUGUAACUUUAUGAGUAUAAUUCGACGACUGUCUAUGGUUGUAUUUGUUCUUCAUAUACCAAUACCAAUCUUUUGUCCAUCAUCCAACA